AUGUAUAUGUGUAUGUGUGUGUUUUUUGAAAAAUUAUCAUCAUGUCAAACCAGUUUAGGUCUACAGUCUGGUCUUAUACCAGAUUCAGCUCUAUCAGCAUCGAGUAGUUAUGAUAGUUCAAGUGUUGGACCAAAAGCAGCACGAAUUCGUACAGAACAGUAUGGAGGUGCAUGGUGUCCAUUAUCACAAGCAAAUCAAAAUUUAAAAGAAUGGUUAGAAAUUGAUUUUGGUAAUUUGACCUAUUUGACACAAGUUGAAACACAAGGUCGCUUUGAUAAUGGAAGAGGAAAAGAAUAUACCGAUUAUUAUGUAUUGGCAUAUACAAGAUAUUCAAAUAUAACAACAACAACAACUGAUGGUGAAACAAAUUGGAUUAAAUAUAAGCAAAAAGAUGGUAAUGAAUGGAUUCAAGCCAAUCAAAAUACAUAUUUGGCUGAGAUAAGAAUAUUAGAUCCACCUAUUGUUGCCAGAAAAUUACGAUUUUAUCCGGUAUCAAAACAGACAAGAACCGUCUGUAUGCGUGUUGAAGUAUACGGAUGUUUGUUUACCGAUGGUCUUGUCUCAUAUUCGAUGCCUCAAGGUAAAAUGAAUUCGAGUAAUCUUGGUGAUGAUAGUUAUGACGGAUUAUAUUCAGAAAAAAGUGAUCUAUUGACAGGUGGUUUGGGACAAUUAUCUGAUGGUAUCAUGGGUUCAGAUGAUAUUUCAUCGGAACGAGGAGGAGGAUUACCAUGGGUGGGAUGGCACAAUGACACUCAUGCCUAUAUUACAAUUACAUUUGAAUUUGAUUAUUUGAGACAAAUGAAUCGUGUCACAAUUCAUUCGAAUAAUGACUUUCAUCGACAAAUACUUGUUUUCAAAACGUGCAUAUUAUCAUUUAGUAAAGAUGGUAUUAGUUUUACAAAUGCAUUAGCAUUUCAUCAUCGUCGUGAUGAAAAUUUUGAUCUAGCUAGACCAAUUAUUAUUGAUUUAAAAAAUAAUAUUGCAAAAUUUGUAAGAAUGGAUUUAUAUUUUGAUUCAUCAUGGAUUCUCAUUAGUGAAGUGACAUUUGAUUCACAAAUUCAAAAUUCGAUCAUUGACGAAAAAGAAAUUAUACAUAAUGAGCCAAUAAUAGUGAUUAAAAAUGAAACAUUUGACAAAGUAAAAUCAAAUAAAAAAAUCACUGGUCAACCAGAUGCUGAAUUUUUAGACGAAAUAAAAAAUAUUGAAGUGCGAAAAAAAAAUCGUGACGUUGUUGCAUUAUCAACGAAUAGUCCAGUUUUAGAACAAACAACAUCAUUUUCACAAUUGGUUAGCUCUGAAUUAUCCAUCGCCUUCUUUAUAGGAAUAUCAUUAGCUAUUGGUCUCUUACUAUUAGCAUCAAUUGUAUGGAUUAUUAGACGAAAGAAAAAGCUUAAAUUUCAAAAAUUAACUGAAAAACCAUUUAACGCCUCUUAUGCUUAUCCGACAUUACAGAUACGUGAAUUUCAUGAUCCAAAAUUUAGUGAUGGUGAUCGUGAAUACGCCGUUCCAGAUAUCGGUUAUUAUUCAACAUUUUCUCGUAGUCCACAUUCAAAAUCACAUGCAAAUCAUCUCCAUUCUUCUUCCUCUUACACAUGUAGUCCACGUUUGGUUCGUUCGAACGAUCCAUCGAUGACAAAUACUUGUAUGACAAUGUUGCCAUCAAAUCAACAUUGCAUGCAUCAUCAUCUUCAUCAUCGAAAUCACGCAAAUAUGAGUUCAAAUAUUACAACACUAAAACGAAAAUGUGUUCAUGAAACAAGUUUAAUACCACUUGAAGGUGUUUGUGGAAAUUGUACAAUGAUGAAUAAUGCGAUUAAAUUAAUUAAUUCAAAUUCAACAGGAACAGUACCAUCAUCAUCGAUAUCAUCUGAAAAUAUUAGAUUUAUAGAAAAAAUUGGUGGUGGACUCUUUGGUGAUAUUCAUAUUGCUGAAUUACGUGAAUCAAAUGAUCAACAACAACAUAAAACUCAAACAGUUUUAAUCAAAUCAAUAAAACAUGAUGCAGAUGAAAGUACUAGAAUGUUGUUUUGGAAAGAAUUGGAACUUCACUCGUUGUUACAUGAUAAAAAUAUUUGUUGUUUAAUUGGUACUAGUAAUCAACGAACAGUCGGUGUGUUUGAAUAUGCACAAUUUGGAGAUUUAUAUCAUUACUUGAGAUUAAAUAAUCCUACAUCAUUAUGUCACGGUAAACUAUUGUACAUAAGUAUGCAAAUUGCAUCUGCUAUGAAAUAUCUUGAAACACUGAAUAUUGUUCAUCGUGAUCUUGCAUGUCGAAAUUGUCUUGUUGGAUCAAAUUAUACAAUUAAACUAACAGAUACAGCUAUGGGUUGUUCAAACUUUACAAAUGAUUACGCCAAAUUGGGUUUAUACAAAGCAAAAAUUGCAGUUCGAUGGGCUGCAUGGGAAAGUUUGUUCUUAGGUAAAUUCUCAACAAAGACAGAUGUGUGGAGUUUUUCUGUUACCUUAUGGGAAAUUUUUACAUAUGCUCAAACAAGGCCUUACAAUCAUUUAACAAAUGAACAACUUGUCGAACAAUUAGCAUUAUCAACAAAUACAUCAUUAGAUAUAUGUUGUUCACCUUCGCCAAUACUUCCACCACCCAUUCCACCCUUGCCGCCACCGUUAAAUCAUUUUCAACCUCUACUAAAUAAUUACUCACCAUUAAACUUUAUUCCGCUUCCACAACCCGCAAUUUGUACAAAAGAAGUCUAUGAUCUAAUGAGUGAAUGUUGGCAGCGAGAAGAUUUUCGGCGACCAUCGUUCUGUGAUAUUCAUGCUUUUUUAAUGGGAAAAUCUUCGGGUUUUGAUCUAAUAAAUUCACCUUUUGUUUUGUCUUCCUGA